GGGCGCGGCGCAGUGGGCGCUGAUUGGUGGAGGAGGGAGGAGCCGGGGUUCCGGCGAGGACACGGCGUCAGUUCCGGGCGGCGGCGGCGGCGGGAGGACGAUGGUGCUGCUGCACGUGCUGUUCGAACAUGCGGCCGGGUACGCGCUGUUCGCCGUGCGAGAGGUGGAGGAGAUCGGCCUCCUGCUGCCGCAGGUGGAGGAGAGCGUCCUGACGCUGGGCAAGUUCCACAACAUGGUGAAGCUCGUGGCGUUCUCGCCGUUCCGCUCGGCGCAGAGCGCGCUGGAGAACAUGAACGCCGUGUCCGAGGGGGUCCUGCACGAGGACCUGCGGCUGCUGCUGGACACGGCGCUGCCCCCCAAGAGGAAGAAGGUGGUGCUGGGGGUGGGCGAUGCCAAGAUGGGCGCGGCCGUGCUGGAGGAGUUGGGGGUGCAGUGUCAGACCGGGGGCGUCGUGGCCGAGCUCAUGCGCGGGAUCCGGCUGCACUUCCCGGCGCUGGUCCGAGGCCUCACGGCGCAGUCGGCGGCCAAGGCCCAGCUGGGGCUCGGCCACAGCUACUCCCGGGCCAAGGUGAAGUUCAACGUGCACAGGGUGGACAACAUGAUCAUCCAGUCCAUCAGCCUGCUGGACCAGCUGGACAAGGACAUCAACACCUUCUCCAUGCGCGUCCGGGAGUGGUACGGGUAUCACUUCCCGGAGCUGAUCAAGAUCGUCCCCGAGAACUCCAUGUACUGCCGGGUGGCCAAAUUCAUCGGGAACCGCCGGGAGCUGAGCGAGGAGAGCCUGGAGGGGCUGGAGGAGAUCGUCAUGGACAGCGCCAAGGCCCAGGCCAUCCUGGAGGCCUCCCGCUCCUCCAUGGGGAUGGACAUCUCCCCGCUGGACCUCAUCAACAUCGAGAGCUUCUCCCGCCGCGUCAUCUCGCUGUCCGAGUACCGCAAGGGGCUGCAGGAGUACCUGCGCUCCAAGAUGAGCCAGGUGGCUCCCAGCCUGUCAGCCCUCAUCGGGGAGGUGGUGGGCGCCCGCCUGAUUUCCCACGCCGGCAGCCUGACCAACCUGGCCAAGUACCCGGCGUCGACGGUGCAGAUCCUGGGCGCCGAGAAGGCGCUGUUCAGGGCGCUGAAGACGCGGGGGAACACCCCCAAGUACGGCCUCAUCUUCCACUCCACCUUCAUUGGGCGCGCGGCCGCCAAGAACAAGGGCCGGAUCUCGCGCUACCUGGCCAACAAGUGCACGAUCGCCUCGCGCAUCGACUGCUUCUCAGAGGUCCCCACCAGCGUGUUCGGGGACAAGCUGCGGGAGCAGGUGGAGGAGCGCUUGGCCUUCUACGAGACCGGGGAGCCGCCCCGCAAGAACCUGGAGGUGAUGAAGGAGGCCGUGGUGGAGGCCAACGAGGUGGUGGCUGAGGUGAAGAGGAGGCAGGAGAAGAAGGAGAAGAAGAGGAAGAAGCGGGAGAAGCGGCGGCUGGAGGCCCUGGCGGCGGCCGCCGAGGAGGGGGCGGAAAACUCGGUGAUGGAGACGGAGGAGAACGACGUGGGAGCCAAGAAGAAGAAGAAAAAGAAGCAGCAGCAGCAGCCGGAGGAGUCGGAAGCGGAGGCAGAGCCUGAGGAGAACGGGGUGGAGGAAGAGGAGGAGGAGGAGGAGCCAUUGCCCAAGAAGAAAAGGAAAAUCACGGUGGAGGCCGAACAGGAGGAGGAGGAGGAGAAGAAGAAGAAAAAGAAGAAGAAGAAGAAGGCAGCGGCCCGGGACUCAGAGGAGGAUUAGAGAGCGGGGCUGGCGCGGGAGCUCCCGCACACGGACUGACAGACUGACGGAUGGGAGCGGGCAGCGGCCGCUUGCCCGGCACGGCCGUGUCCUAGCGGCCACUCGGAACGUGGCACGGCCCCUCGUGGCCUGCGUGAGUCCCUCUGGCCACCAGCAGCCCCUGGACUGGACUGGACUGUGCCUUACACAGUGGAACUUCCAACGGGGCUGUCCCCAGGCCCUGUCCCCUUCCUGGGGACCCUGGGCUGCACGGGGCUGUCCCCUGGCCCUGUCCCCUUCCUGGGGACCCUGGGCUGCACGGGGCUGUCCCCUGGCCCUGUCCCCAGGCCGUGCCCCACCCCAGCCUGUGCAGUGCAGGAGGGGAGAGGCCUGCUCGGGGUGCCCGAACCCCAAUAAAGGGCUGAGGUUGUUGCUGA